CAUUGUGCGCCGCUGCCCCGUGUCUCCUCCAGCGCGACCAUGCCCAGGAAGAAGGCGGCGGCGGCGGCGGCCUGGGAGGAGCCGAGCUCGGGCAACGGCACGGCCCGCGCCGGGCCCAGGAAGCGCGGCGGCCCGGCCGGCAGGAAGCGCGAGCGGCCCGAGCGCUGCAGCAGCAGCAGCGGCGGCGGCAGCAGCGGCGAUGAGGACGGCCUGGAGCUCGACGGGGCCCCCGGCGGGGGCAAGCGCGCGGCGCGGCCGGCGGCGGCCAAGGCGGGCGGCGCGGCCGUGAUCAUCACCGAGCCCGAGCACACCAAGGAGCGCGUCAAACUUGAAGGGUCUAAGUGCAAAGGGCAGCUUUUGAUUUUUGGGGCAACCAACUGGGACUUGAUUGGUCGAAAAGAAGUGCCUAAACAGCAAGCUGCCUACCGCAAUCUCGGUCAGAAUUUGUGGGGGCCCCAUAGAUAUGGCUGCCUGUCGGGGGUCCGGGUGCGGACGGUGGUCUCGGGUUCAUGUGCUGCCCACAGCCUCCUCAUCACCACGGAAGGGAAGCUGUGGAGUUGGGGUCGCAACGAGAAGGGGCAGCUGGGACACGGUGACACCAAGAGGGUAGAAGCCCCCAAACUCAUUGAGGGUCUGAGCCAUGAAGUGAUCGUGUCUGCAGCAUGUGGGCGGAACCACACCCUGGCGUUGACGGAAACGGGCUCCGUGCUUGCAUUUGGAGAGAACAAGAUGGGGCAGCUCGGCCUCGGCAACCAGACAGACGCUGUCCCGAGCCCCGCGCAGAUAAUGUACAACGGCCAGCCAAUUACCAAAAUGGCCUGUGGGGCUGAAUUCAGUAUGAUAAUGGACUGCAAAGGGAACCUCUAUUCCUUUGGGUGCCCUGAAUAUGGUCAGCUGGGACACAACUCGGAUGGGAAGUUCAUCGCCAGGGCACAGCGGAUAGAGUAUGACUGCGAGCUGGUCCCCCGGCGUGUGGCCAUCUUCAUCGAGAAGACGAAAGACGGGCAGAUUUUGCCAGUUCCAAAUGUGGUCGUACGAGAUGUGGCCUGUGGCGCUAAUCACACGCUGGUUCUGGACUCUCAGAAGCGUGUCUUCUCCUGGGGCUUUGGAGGCUACGGCCGCCUGGGCCAUGCCGAGCAGAAGGACGAGAUGGUCCCUCGCCUGGUGAAGCUGUUCGACUUCCCUGGGCGCGGGGCGUCCCAGAUCUACGCCGGCUACACCUGCUCGUUUGCUGUCAGUGAAGUGGGUGGCCUGUUCUUCUGGGGGGCCACCAACACGUCCCGCGAAUCUACCAUGUACCCGAAGGCCGUGCAGGACCUCUGUGGCUGGAGAAUCCGGAGCCUGGCUUGUGGGAAGAGCAGCAUCAUCGUGGCUGCCGACGAGAGCACGAUCAGCUGGGGCCCGUCGCCGACCUUCGGGGAGCUGGGCUAUGGGGACCACAAGCCCAAGUCCUCCACCGCGGCUCAAGAGGUGAAGACGCUGGAUGGCAUUUUCACAGAGCAGGUGGCCAUGGGCUACGCACACUCCCUGGUAAUAGCCCGAGAUGAAAGCGAGACCGAGAAAGAGAAGAUCAAGAAACUGCCAGAGUACAACCCCCGGACCCUCUGAUUCUCCCGGAGCCCCCGCGGCUCCACCCCUCCCGCGGCAGCUGUCAGUUCCACGUGCACUGGGACGGGACGUCAAACGAGGAAUUUAAGAAAGCAGAAGUUGACCGAAGGUGCAUUUUUGUUAGACUCCCUGAGGUUCCGUUUUAUAAGUGAUUCAACGUCAACUACCUUUUCUGUAUGCUUUCCAAAGUGGUUUUUUUUUCUCUUAAUGUUUAAUUAAAAUAUUUGCUCAUAGUUGACUUACCAUUCCUACAAAAGAGGCAGAAACUUUGAGCAACCUAGGUGUUUUUUUUUUUUUCCCCCUUCAAGUUGUUUUUCUUUUUCUUCCUGCUCCUAAAUACACUUCUCAGAACACCCCUUUCCAGGUGUAACUAGCGUUGUGAUCCGAGUGGGGGCUCCCUGGGAGAGGAGUCCCCGUUGACGCAGAAAGAAAUGUCCCUUCCGGGAACCAGCAGCGGCUGGACAGAGACCGUCCUGGUGGUGGAUCUCCAUCCAAAAUCACGCCCGCCUGCUUCGGAAGCAUCUGGGUCACUUUCUUUCCCGCUUGUUCCUGUAGACCAGCUGAGGCUGGCAUUCUCUUUCUCUCCUUGGCUGCUUGUAAGCCCCACUGCCUUUUGGCUGCAACAUUAAUAGAAUCUGCCAUUUCCCCCCUGGUGGGGGCUCUGGGGUCUGUGUUUAGCCAUUUUUAUCUACUUUAGCUGUAAAAGAAGUCCAAAUGAAAAUCAGGUGAUUGUGGACCCAGUGGGGACCUGGGGGGUGGGCAGACGUGGGGACAAUGUGUCUGGUUCACAGGCGGCUCUAAGAUUCCUCUGACGAGCCAGGCCUGCCUGGCCAGCCCUCGCCAUUAGAGAUUGAUCAGCCAGCAGUUAAAAAAAAAA